CCGGGCCCCCCCACCACGUCGAUGCCGGUCUCUGUUGACCUCCCCGGGAUGCGGUAGCAUGCGAGGAUAUUUGCCAAGGCUUUCUCUGCUACGUCUAGGCGUGCCGAGAUCAACAAGGUCUACCCAUCUGCAACCGAGGCUCUCAAGGACAUGAGAUCAGACUCGACCUUACUUUGCGGCGGCUUCGGCCUCUGCGGCGUUCCGGAUACUCUCAUCGAUGAGGUGCUGAAGAAGCCCGAGAUCACCGGCCUCACUGCCGUCUCGAACAACGCCGGCACCGAUUCCUCCGGCCUGGGCAAACUGCUCAGGACGAAGCAGAUCAGGAAGAUGAUCGCCAGUUACAUCGGCGAAAACAAGACCUUCGAGCAGAUGUACCUGACUGGAGAGGUGGAGCUGGAGCUCACGCCCCAAGGCACGCUGGCCGAGCGCUGCGCCGCUGGGGGGAAGGGAAUCCCCGCCUUUUACACGCCUGCCGCUUUCGGCACCGUCGUGCAGACCGGCGAGCUGCCCCUAAAGAACAAGAGCGACGGCACCCCCGACGUGUUCUCGUAUCCGAAGGACGUCAAGGUCUUCAACGGCAAGUCGUAUCUCCUGGAACACUCGAUCGACGGCGAUUACGCCUUCGUCAAGGCCUACAAGGCAGACAAGCUAGGGAACUGCCAGUUCCGCCUCGCUGCCAACAACUUUAACGGCGCCAUGGGCCGGAACGCGAAGAUGACCAUAGUCGAGGCCGAGCACAUCGUCGAGCCCGGCGAGAUCCCGCCCGAGGCCGUCCACCUGCCGGGAAUCUACGUCAAGAGGGUCAUCCAGAGCACUUCGGAGAAGAAGAUCGAGAAGUACACCUGGACAAAGGACGACGGCGGCGCCGACGCGAAGAAGGUCCUGGGUUCCGGCGACACGGCCGCGAAGAGGGAGCGGAUCGUCCGAAGGGCGGCCAAGGAGUUCAAGAAUGGCAUGUACGCGAACCUCGGCAUCGGCAUGCCCAUGCUCGCCCCCGGGUUCGUCGGCCCCGAAGUCGAGGUCCAGCUGCAGUCGGAAAACGGCAUCCUCGGCCUCGGCCCCUACCCGAAGCCGGGCGAGGAGGAUGCCGACCUCAUCAACGCGGGGAAGGAGACCGUGACCCUGAGGCCGGGCGCGGCGGUGUUCGGUAGCGAGGAGAGCUUCGGCAUGAUCCGCAGCGGCCGGAUCAACCUGACGAUCCUCGGUGCCAUGCAGGUGAGCGGCACCGGCGACCUCGCGAAUUGGAUGCUGCCCGGGAAGGUCAAGGGCUUCGGCGGGGCGAUGGACCUCGUCAGCAACCCGAGUGCGACGAAGGUGGUGGUCACGAUGGAGCACACGGAUAAGAAGGGCAACCCGAAGAUCCUCAAGCAAUGCGCUUUCCCUCUAACCGGUCGGGCAUGCGUUUCGAGAAUUAUCACGGAGCUGGGCGUCUUCGAUGUGGAUUUUUCCCACGGCCUCACCCUUGUGGAGAUAGCAGAUGACGUGACCGUAGACGAGAUAAAGAGCAAGACAGAGGCCCCGUUCCGCGUCGCGGACGACCUCAAGCCCAUGUUAUAGGGCGCGACGAUGACUUUGCAGGAUCUGCCACACGAGGGAUCCGCGAAUCGGUGCGAUCUGCUUCACGGGCACGGGUCACAAUCCGUCCCGCCGCCAGGGAACCUAUUA